AAAUGUUGCAAUAGCCUUUUCUUUCACCCACUAGUCUCUCAAAUUUCUCGAUAUUCAUGCAACUUCUCAGUACCCUGGCCCCAAAUCUGGACGAUUGAUACUGCAUAAAAUCCAGAUAGCCUUGUCAAACCGCCUUCUACGCCAGUCCGAUGGAAAAGGAACCGAAAACAGACACAGUGCAUCCUUAACUGGGAAAUUUUUUUUUCCUUAUCGGCAGUGGCGUUGCCAAGUCGGAUUUCGUGGGGUUUCACGCGAGUCACUUCGCAACUGACAGCCCAUGGCGCCGGCCGGUCCAAAUGACGACGCCAAGAACUGGCAGAUGAAGGGCACAACAAACAAACAAAAAGACAGCAAUCCACGAGAAGAAUAUUUCGGGGAGGAAUCACAGACAAGUUGCGUUGAUUCGGGUCCUUCUGGAGAUGCGUCUUCAUCGACAAUCAGUUCCAUAAGACUGGCAGAUCAGUCGAAAUGGGCACGCGACCGCGAGCCAUCGCUAGAAAGUUACGAUCAUGAUGCGCCAGAACGUCGCAAACACGCAAGACAUGUUUCUUUUGACGUGCAAUCAGACCCAUCUGAAGAGCCGGAUGAUGUACUUCCCACCAUAAACAACAGACCUGCGAAAGUAAACGAAAAUGAAAAGCCAGGGCCCGUCACUUGGGCGUCCCUGCCAAGAAAGGGACAGCUGCUUCUGCUUGUCCUGGCACGAAUGUCUGAACCACUGGCUCAAAAUUCGUUGGCUGCAUAUGUCUUUUACCAAUUGCGUUCCUUUGAUCCUUCUCUGCCGGACUCUACCAUUUCUUCUCAAGCGGGCAUUCUUCAGGGUAGUUUCGCUGCCGCGCAAUUCCUUACCGCAGUCCUGUGGGGCAGAGUAUCGGAUGCCGACUGGGGAGGAAGAAAGAGAGUAUUGCUCAUAGGCCUUUUUGGUACCACUCUUGCCUCAAUCGGUUUCGGGUUUUCCAAAUCGUUUGCAUCUGCUAUUACAUUUCGCAUCCUUGGGGGCGUGUUGAACGGUAACGUGGGUGUACUGCGGACGAUGAUAUCGGAAAUUAUCAAAGAGAAGAAAUACCAGUCGCGGGCUUUUCUCCUCUUGCCAAUGUGCUUCAACAUUGGCGUAAUCAUUGGUCCUAUUAUCGGCGGAUGCCUUGCUGAUCCGGUUGAGGCAUAUCCGCACAUUUUCGGACCCAAUUCGAUUCUUGGCGGCAAAAGUGGUGUACGAUGGAUGAUGAAAUGGCCUUAUGCAUUGCCAAAUUUGAUCAGUGCAAUCUUCCUCUUCAUUUCAGCAUUUGCAGUCUUUCUUGGACUCGAAGAGACACUAGAAAGCCGCCUCCAUAAACCAGACUAUGGUUUACGUUUAGGCAAAUUCCUGUCGCGGACUUUACGACGCAUCGCUGCUCCACUCAGCCCUGCCAGUACAGAAGGCUACUCUGCCCUCUCGCGUGACGAACACAGCGAGUUCUAUACCGGCGGACAUGCACGACAACUCAGCUACGUCUCCUCACGCGGGCCUAGUGAAUCCAUCGACCUGGAACGAUCCCCAGCCGCAUCAUGGACCACGACUCCUAAAAUGGACGGCACAUCUACUGCUGACCCACACAACUCGCCGCGUUCUCCACCUCGUCGCAAACGCAAGCUUCCAUUCCGACGCAUAUGGACACGCAACGUCCUGUUCACCCUUCUCGCGCACUUUAUCCUGGGCUGGCACUUGGGCACAUUCAACAACCUAUGGUACACCUUUCUCUCCACCCCACGCGCCGACAAUUCGUCACAUCACAACCACAGCUCUUCCUCCCCCUUGAAAAAGUUCUUCUUCUUUACCGGCGGUCUCGGCAUGCCUCCCCGCAGCGUUGGCCUUGCCAUGGCCAUUCUCGGCGCUAUGGGUAUAGUCCUCCAAUUGGGCGUCUAUCCAACAAUCACUCACAAAUUUGGCACAAUUUUCUGCUAUCGCAUCUUUUUGCUUCUCUUCCCUUUUGCAUAUACUCUUGCACCAUUUCUGGCGCUUGUUCCUUCACCCAGCACCCCUACAUCAUCCACCUCUUCUCUUCUUUCCCGCAAUCUGUCCUCUUCACUCCCAGCACCCUCUUUACCACGCACCACCGACCCCCAAGCCGACGCCGAACACCACCGCCAAGGCAUCCUCGUCUGGCUCGCCAUCUCGGUCGUCCUCCUCAUCCAAGUCCUCGGACGCACAUUUACCUUACCCGCGACAAACAUUCUCGUGAACAACUGCUCCCCGCAUCCCUCUGUGCUAGGCACAAUCCACGGUAUCGGCCAGUCCGUCUCCUCGGGCGCAAGAUCCCUUGGCCCUGCGAUCGGAGGCUGGCUCUACGGUCUAGGACUCAGACACGGAAUCGUUGGCGCAGUCUGGUGGGGACUCAGUGGUGUCGCGAUUGUCGGGUGGGUUGUCAGUGGGUUAGUCUACGAGGGGAGCGGUCAUGAGAUUUCAUUAGAAGGCGAAGAAGAAGAGGAGGGUGCAGCGCAAAGCAAUGAAGGUGUUCGAUGAUUUUUUUUCUUCCCUUCUUGUCUUAUUUUGCUCAUUAGAACUUCGGACAGCAGGAUCAUUAUCAUGGAUGCAUUGAUUAUGAUUGACGGAUUUGCAUUUUACAAUGGACUUGAUGCAUCAUGUUCGUCCUG